CUGCAAACUUGGUUUUGUUAUCUUCUUGCACAGAAUAAAAGACUGAACAGCUCCACUCUUGCUGAUUUUCUCUUGAAAUCACUAUGGCGGUCUUUAUAUUUACUUUUGCGAUUGGCAUACUUCUCUGUCAUGAAACGGCCAUGGGGGCGUCCACUCUCCAUCAACGCCGUGCAGCAACCCUCUCGUUGUCCACGUCAUCUUUCGCCAUGUCUUUGUACAAGUCUCUGGCAUCUGGUAACCAUGACAACAUCGUCUUCUCCCCGCUCAGCGUGUACACGGCCUUGACUAUGACCUUGCUGGGGGCAGGUGGCGACACGGAGCGGGAAUUGCGGACGGUUCUGGGAGUACAGAAUGGACAGAACAUCCACGCAGGAAUUCAUGACCUGAUGACCUCCAUAACGGCUCAUGACGUCACGUCAAACGUUGACACUGCGCAUGGCUGACGCCGUGUACUACGACGCACAGAAGGCUGUCGUCAUGGACAGCUACGCUUCUAGCAUGAGUCAGUACUACGAGAAAGGACUGAAGCCCUUCCAGAGACCAAACCCAGAGCAGGCCGUCAACACCUGGGUGGAGGAGGUGACAGAGGGUGCUAUCACCAACUUCCUGCAGCCUGGCGCCAUCACAGCUGAUACUGUGCUCAUGCUUCUCAACGCGCUAUUCUUCGAGGCGUCGUGGCAAACCAUGUUCGAGGCUCGAGGUACCCGCAGUGCUACCUUCACCACCCUGUCGGGUGCAGUGAAACACGUGCCCAUGAUGACCAAUGAGGGCGAGUUCUCUGUGAAGACUCUUCCGGAACUGGACGCUCGCGUGCUGGAACUGCCGUACAAGGGACGACGCUACAGUUUCUUCAUCAUCCUUCCCAAAACCAAGAAUGGACUGACCCACCUGGAGGGCCUGCUGGAUGGCCAGAUUCUAGAGAAUGUUGUAGCCGCUAUGCCACGCGCCAACCACUUCGAGGUUUACGUGCCCAAAUUCACACUGCGCACGCAUAAGGGGUUAAAAGAACCCCUACAGGCCCUGGGGCUCAAGUCCAUGUUCGAGAUGUCGGCCAACUUCACUGGCAUGGCGCGUGUUUCAGGGGAAAAGGUCUGCUGGUCACAGAUGUACAGCAUGAGGCCAUGAUAGAAGUCACGGAAACCGGUACCAAAGCGGCGGCUGUGACGUCAGUAAGUUAUGGUUCGCAGUCAGAGGCGAGUGUGUUCCGGGUGGACCACCCUUGCCUCUUUGUUCUCCGCGACAAAUCUGAUGGCAUCAACAUCUUCAUGGGGCGUCUUACCGACCCAUCACAAGGCUGACAGUAGAUUUAAGUUUUUGUGCUUUAUACAUUGGAUAUAUAAUUCAAAGUUUAGGGAAAGUAGUGCGAGAAAUUCAUGUACAUGAACAUAGUACUCCACAAAAAGCAGUGCCUGUGAAAAAUACUGUAAGAUCACAAAAAUAGUUUGCUUACUAGAAUAGGUAGUGAUACAGAAGUUACAUCGCUAUGGUCAUCAUAAAAAAGUUUUGGUUAAAGAUUAGGCAAAUAUACAGCCAGAACUGGCUGUGCAUGUAAGAAGCAGAUGUCAUUACAAAACAAAACGAAAAAUAAAUAAAUAAAAUAAAUAAAUAAAAACAAAUUAGAAGACAUAACGAGCAGGAACAACAAGACGAAUUAAUGUUGAAGUUCUUCUUAUAAGCACAUCAGACAAAUUAUUAUAAAGACACUUUGUUUUAAGAUUUCUGAAGGAGGAUCUGUUUACUUGCAAGAUGUGUAGUAUUUUGUGUAAAAAUGGAAGAAAUUGUUUUGUUGACAA